AUGGCACGGGCAACCACGGCUGCUGCUGUAUCGUCAUCACAUGCUACCAGCUAUCGGUGGUGCUAUGUGGAGCAGGUAGACCAGGCCGAGCCCCUCGCAGGCAGGAGCAACGGGUGGUGGUACAUGGGGCCUGGAGGGGUCACCUAUAGGCGCCAGGCCGUCUUCGGGACGGGAUUUAGGAUUCGUAUCUCCUUCCCUUCCUCGCCUGGGCCGGGACACAGGUGGUUCACCUCGCACCCCCUCGGAGGAGAUCCCAACUUGUACAAUUUUCAAAUUUGGGCAAGGACGGUGCUGCAGAGAGACAUGAGGGGUGGUGGCCAUGGACAGCUGGUUGUGUCAGCGGCCGACGAUACCUGGCGAGUAAUCCUCUGCUGGGCGUCAGCUGGCAGGAGGAUCGACGUCGACAUCCAGGGCAUCCCGAUCUCACUUGUGAUCCUCCAGCUUAACAUGGCGACCUUCGGGCACAGAGUUGUGAGAUAUGCCCCCGUCACCACGUUCGGCAAAAAAUGGCAANCCUCGCACCCCCUCGGAGGAGAUCCCAACUUGUACAAUUUUCAAAUUUGGGCAAGGACGGUGCUGCAGAGAGACAUGAGGGGUGGUGGCCAUGGACAGCUGGUUGUGUCAGCGGCCGACGAUACCUGGCGAGUAAUCCUCUGCUGGGCGUCAGCUGGCAGGAGGAUCGACGUCGACAUCCAGGGCAUCCCGAUCUCACUUGUGAUCCUCCAGCUUAACAUGGCGACCUUCGGGCACAGAGUUGUGAGAUAUGCCCCCGUCACCACGUUCGGCAAAAAAUGGCAAGAACAGCUCCCAGGAGCCAGUCUCGCUGUCCUCGUCGCCGACGCUUGGCGUGACAGUCAAGUCGACCUGAUAAAGGCACGAGAGAGGAGAAGGUUUGGAUUCCGCGAUGCAGAUCCCACGGGUGCGUUUAUGAUCUCAUCUCGUGGUGGUCGACCAAAAAGGGGCGCGCCUGUACAAAACAAGAACGCUCUUGACGGUGGGAACUACUUCCGCAACCUCUAUUCGAUUUUACUGGAGCGAGACAUCGGGGAAGUAGAGUUCGACAAAUGGGUUUCGGGGGAUACAGAACCACCCGCCUUGACAUUACUCCAUCUCGAAAAGUGGCUGUAUAUGACCAAGGCCAGCGUGGUGGUAGGGUCACAUCGGGGCCCUGGUGCCAAUACUCUUGGACCAUCCGACGGGAAAACGAACCUCCGACCGCCCACAGUACACGUUGGGGUGCGUGAGGGACACGUGUACCGGCUUGUGCUCGAGGGGCCUUGGAGAGACAGGUUUGGAUCGUCUCUAGACGUGGCAAUCGAACACCGCGUACGAACGUACCGUAAAUUCCGCCGAAUAUCUGAGAUGACCGAGGAAGAAGAGGAACCAGAUACGACUGGUUUUGGCGCCAAGACCUUCUCGUGUGUCGCUGACAUUGUGAGUGAUAUAAUGGCCAUCAAACAAACAAGGGAGGACCAUAACCGACAGCCAGUGGAAAAAGAGCGGAAGCAUGGGAGGAAGGUAUCAGAAUGCAAGACGUGGUACGCGCCUCCAGGAACGGCUCUCGACGAGCUGAUGCUCCAUUUGCACCUCGCUGGAGUCUCUUGCAUAAGCAGGCUAACCAACUAUAGCCACUGGGACUCCCUGUCGCUACCGGCACAUGGUAUAAUCACCCGAUCCUGGUGCAGCGCGAGCAUGGGUGGGCUCGAUCCCGAUGACUUCGAGCCCGACCAGGCAACACGAUUGAUCGAGCUGCAUAAGUUCUGCCGCGGAGUAUUGGAUUUUCGAGUAUCGAGCCAGUACAGCAAGUCUCUAUUCGCCCUCCUUGAGGUGUGCUGGCGGGGGCCGAUGGUCGGGGCAGAGGACGCGUCCGGGAGUUCCUACGGGAGGGAAGACUGGCAAUGUGACAUCAAUGGGGCACACACGGCGGCUCUGAUGAAUAUGGAGACAGUGCCCGUUCUCGGCCACAUGGAUGAGCCAGACGUAUUCCUAAAUGCGGAUGUGACGCCCGUCUUCGGUCGAAACUACAAGCGUUACCUCGACCUCAUCGACAACGCGCCUCGCCAUAGAGUCACCCACUUCGUGCGACCAUCCAGAACGGUCAGCAGGUGCCACAUACCGAAACUUGUUCAAGACCUGCUCGCGCAUGAGCUGGGUGAUCACCUCCUCGAGGAUGAUGACUGUGCACGCCGAUUCAAGAAAGAAAUAUUCGUGCGGGCCAGCGUGACGAGGCUUCGGCUGUGGGUGGAAAUCGUCCUUGUCCUGUGCGAAGUCGAUCGCGUCAAGGCCGAGCUUCGGACGGGACAAGGGGACCUUGGAAUCGAGUCACUUCGCACCGAUGAUGCAUACAUUUGUUUCGACGCAGAACGGACCUGGUAUAGAGAUGGCUUCUGGGCGUUGGGAAUCCUCAUCCUCGAUGAAACUCGAUUGCGAGUGUUGGAGGCGAGGAACGCUCUCGAAUCAUGCGGNGGAGCAGUGACGAGGCUUCGGCUGUGGGUGGAAAUCGUCCUUGUCCUGUGCGAAGUCGAUCGCGUCAAGGCCGAGCUUCGGACGGGACAAGGGGACCUUGGAAUCGAGUCACUUCGCACCGAUGAUGCAUACAUUUGUUUCGACGCAGAACGGACCUGGUAUAGAGAUGGCUUCUGGGCGUUAGGAAUCCUCAUCCUCGAUGAAACUCGAUUGCGAGUGUUGGAGGCGAGGAACGCUCUCGAAUCAUGCGGAGGGUCCGACUUGAGCUACCAGUGUGACGCGGUAUUCUUCAGGGAUCUUCGUCGCGGCGACGAAGAAACUCCCGGUACUCUCAAGUUUGGACCGGCGUUGAAGAACCCGCUGUGUGAGGAGAGGAGGGUGUUCGAAGGCAUCGUGGUGAAGCUAUCGCUAGAUGCGUUACCUCCGGCAAUGAGGAAAAUUCCUUGCCCAUUCAAGCCCCCGCUUUCAGUGAUCCCGCUGUGGGAUGGCAUCGGCACCAGCUUCCAUUCGAUGGAAGGCGCGCACGAUGCCUGGCGUCGUCUCGGCAGGAACACCAAGCGCGAUCUUUCGCCGGAAAUAUGCGAGGCCGAGGUCGUCUGUGCUGUGACCGGAGAACAUGGAGGGGCUGGGAAACGUUUCUGUACUAUCCGCGCUGCUACGGCCACAUUCGAAACAGGACUAGUCUUGACCCCCACCAAUAACCUGCGCACGUCCUACACAAAUCUGCCAUCCGGUUGGAGUGUAAAGACCGCUGACCGCCAGCUCGGAUUCAACCUGAGUGAUGAUUCUUACGUGAAGAAGACGGCGGGAUCGAUACGAACGCUCAAGGUAGACGUAAUCAUCAUCGAAGAAGCUGCUUAUAUGCCUCUCCGGACCUUAAGCAUGAUCCUGGCGGCUGCCCAUAGCAGCGGUACCCACGUGAUCGGGACAUACGACACGAAUCAACUCCAGCCCGUUUGCGAUAGCAGCGGCAUGUCGAUUAGCAGGGACAACGUCGACAGGAAGGUCAUCCUCGAAAAAGCCUUCCCCACGUUCUUCUAUGUCUUCGCGCGCAGGCGAGACAAAACUAUCGAAGACCAGGUGCAGAUGGAUGACGGCCUCUUGCACAUUCUGGCCGCAGGAAACGACAGUGACGAGGCGCAUUCUCGAGCCAUCAAGAGGUUUGGCGGGCAGCAUAUCGAAAAUCCUAGCCCUUCAGAUUUUCACCUCGUGUAUACAAGAGAAUGCGCUCGAUUUCACGCCUUUCGAGGUUUGCUGGGGUGCAACGAAGCUGGGGACUGGGAUGGGCUGGGGUGUCAGACGGCGGUUGGUGCGCAAUACCGGGACCUCGGGAACCCGGGCAAGGUUCACAAAAUUCACAUGUACAACGUCAUCGGAUCCUCGGCAGAUACCGUCGUUGUUGCGAGUGCAUUUGACGAUGGUGCUAGUCUUGAGGAAACUUCACUCUGUCGAGCGGAGGCAGAAAACGUUUUUGAUCCUCCAGGGUCAUGCACAGUACACGCGGUCCAAGGCCGUACCGUGGAAGGGAGGUUGAUCAUACAUCAGGCCCGGCACCGUCACGCUGACGUCCACUGGCUGUACACGGGUGUCAGUCGAGCGACCGGACCCUCGAACGUGAGGGUAAUCGACGAUAUUCACCGGAGCGAAAGCAACAUGUCCGAUCGAGAGAGAGUAUCGUGGGUUACUCGGAAGGUUUCAAGCUACAUCUAUGCCGACGUUGCGGCCGGGCGUAUAAAAUCUGAUGAUGGGGGGCAGCAUAGAGAAGCUCUCGUCCAAGAACUACACCGCUCCUAUGGGGGGAGGUGUAACUUGUGCAACCGUGAACUUAUCUGGACCAUUAAUAGCGAGCGCCAACCGACUCUUGACCGUCUUGACUGUUCUUUGCCCCACACCAUCGGAAACGUGGACGUUAAGUGCCUCAAGUGCAACAGAGCAAGAGGAGGCCUAGGGAGAGGGAAGUCGGAAAAGAAGAAGAUAAGUUGA